UUACCCCACAUCUACAGAUUAAAUCUCAUUUAAACAGUACGGGCCCGCUCACUCACUCACUCACACAUUUCUUUUUUUUUUUAGUUUGUUUGGCCUUCCUCUCUUCCCUUUUGGUCUCAGGUGGUUAAAGACAUACAACUAUCUAAUAGAAGUAUGUGUAUUUUGAUAGCGACAACAAGACAUCCUGACUAUCCACUAAUAUUGUUGUCCAAUAGAGAUGAAUACUUCAGGCGUCCGACUCAACCAGCUCAUUUUCGACCCUUGAAUGAACAAGACAAGAUAUUAUCACCUGCUGAUUUAGGACGAUUAGAAAAUGGGACAUGGAUUGGGAUUACCACCACAGGUAGAAUAGCUGUUUUAUUAAACUAUCGAGAAACUGAUAGUAAUCAUCUGUUAAGUGAGAUUUCACGUGGUGUUCUUCCAUUAGAGUAUCUUUGCAGUACUAAAUCGGAUGAGAAAUGGUUUAGUACGCUUGAAUCUACCAAAUCAGGGAAACUGAUUGAUUUAUCGAAGAUUGGAGGGUUUUCAUUGGUAUUUGGAACAUUGGCUGUUGAUCCAGAUACAGGUAAGAUUAAUAAUUUGAAUAUUAUUAGUAAUCGUGGUGAUCAUGGAAAGAUAUUUGAUUCAAGUAUUAUGAAUGCUAAGCCUCAGGUUAAUGGGAAUUUAGUAGCUGAUCCUGAUCAUUAUGAUAUCUCUGUUAAAGAUACCUUUGGUAUAUCAAAUUCAUUAUAUUAUAAUCCAUGGAAGAAAGUGAAAUUAGGGGAAGAUUUACUUAAUGAAUUAAUAGAUGAUAGUGUUGAACAUGAAUAUGAUAAGAGGAAGAUCGUGGAUGAAUGUUUCAAAGUAUUAACCACAGAUACUUUUGAUAAAGAUACAUUCAAAUCUCAUAGUUUUGAAAAGAAAUUCUUAGAAUUAAGAAAUUCAAUAUUCAUACCUCCUUUAGAAACAGAGUUUGAAGAUAAUGAAAAAAAUUUAACCAUAGGGAAGUAUUAUGGAACUAGAACCCAAACCGUCAUUUUGUUAGAUAAGCAUGGUAAUUUAGAUUAUUAUGAAAGAGAUAUGCAUAAUUCAGAUAAUGUUGAAACUGAUAGUGAAAUCAAUCAACAUUUCAAUUUUAAAAUAUCACCUGGUUUAUGAAAUAAAAAGUUAGUAAUUUAGUUAGUUAAUUAUGAUAAGUUUUACGUUUACAUUUAUGUUAUGUUUUAAGACGGGUUGGGACUUGUAGAUUGGAAUAUAACCCUGUUGAUAUGAUUAAUUGCUCCAUACUAUAUGU